GCACACGGACACCCGCCCCGACUCGGGCCGCUCGCAACUCGGCGUGAAGUUUCCGCGAUGAGCUAACAUGGGUGAGCUGCGCGGGGACGCGGUGCUGGGGGACCUGGAGCCCCUGGCGGCGCUGAACGGCACGGGCGCGCUGUACCGGCACGGCGGCGCCAUGACGGCGGUGUACUGCGCCGCCUACCUGCUGGUGUUCGCGGUGGGGCUGCUGGGCAACUGCUCCGUGGUGGCGGUGGUGCUGCGCGCGCCGCGCAUGCGCACCGUCACCAACUACUUCAUCGUCAACCUGGCCGUCGCCGACAUCCUGGUGGUGGUGUUCUGUUUGCCCGCCACGCUCAUGAGCAACAUCUAUGUCCCGUGGGUGCUGGGGUGGCUGAUGUGCAAGACGGUGCCCUACGUGCAGGGCCUUUCGGUAGCCGCUUCUGUCUACAGCCUCGUCGCCGUGUCGCUUGACCGAUUCUUGGCGAUAUGGUGGCCGCUGAAGUGUCAGAUCACGAAGCGGCGCGCGCGCAUGAUGAUCGUGUUCAUCUGGAUCUUCGCGAUCGUGGUCACCACGCCCUGGGUGUUCUUCUUCGACCUGGUGGUGGUGUACGACGACAGCCCCCACAUCCGGCUCUGCGUCGACCUCUGGCCGAACCCCAUCAGCGAGGUCCUGUACUUUGUCAUCGGGAACCUGCUGUUCUGCUACAUCCUCCCCAUGGUCCUCAUCACGCUCUGCUACAUCCUCAUCUGGAUCAAGGUCUCCCGGAGAUCGAUCCCCACGGACACGCAGGACGCGCAGAUGGAGCGAAUGCAGCAGAAGUCCAAGGUGAAGGUGGUGAAGAUGCUGGUGGUGGUGGUGAUCCUGUUCGUGCUGUCGUGGUUCCCGCUGUACUCGAUCUUCGCGCGGAUCAAGAUCGGCGGGCCGAUCGAGAAGUGGGAGGAGGAGCUGCUGCCGGUGGUGACGCCGAUCGCGCAGUGGCUGGGCGCGUCCAACUCGUGCAUCAACCCGGUGCUGUACGCGUUCUUCAACAAGAAGUACCGCAAGGGGUUCGUGGCGAUCGUGCGCAGCCGGCGCUGCUGCGGCCGCCUGCGAUACUACGAGACCAUCGCGCUGCAGUCGUCCAGCACGAGCACGCGCAAGUCUUGGCACUACAACAACAACCACGCCUCCAUGUCGCGCCGCUCGCCGCCCGUCGACAAGAACGCCGUCUCCUUCAUAUUCAACAACACCACUCACACGGGCGUGUAGUGUGUCUAAAGUGUUGUUUGUGGACUUUUGGGAGGAGUGUCGGACUUUGGACUCUAGUCUUUGUAAGCGUAAGGUAAUUUUUAUACUUAAUAAUUUUUUACAUGAACCGAUAUAACGAAUGGAAGCAAACGCACACAGAGCACAAACUUUUGUACGUAACCGUUUGUGUAUGUAGGUACACCUCCUGCCCCGCGGGGUCGCGGCAGAUGUACCGCCAGCGAUGUCCACCAUUCUAAGGAACAGAAUACGAAUAAAAGGCUUUCAGCUAAGCCAUAUUAUCAUAUUAUAAUGCUUUAAGAUACUACUAAGUUAUAGUUUACUUUGAUUUAUUUUAACAACCGACGCUAUUUUGAU